AACCUGGAAAAUCCCUUGGAGCGAGCUUCUCGAAGGCAGCCCUUGUUGCUGGAUGAGCUGGAUAAACUAGCGUCACCUCCCCAAACCCCUCCAAUGUACAGCACUCACAUGACAGUGUGAGAAAACCCUGAAGAUUAAGACUCCCCCUGUCUUGAAAGAUACAUACACAGUCACGUGCUGUCUGGUAGCGCCCUCUCUGCAUUCCUAUUGUUGGGUAAUCACAUGACCUCUUCCUCAGGAUUUGAUGUGCUUUGACUUGGCGAGUCAUUAUGCUGCUCCACCUGUGUAGUGUUAAGAACUUGUACCAGAACAGGUUCCUGGGCCUGGCUGCCAUGGCGUCGCCGUCUCGCAGCGCCCAGAGUCGCAGACGCUGCAAGGACGCGUCAGCGCGGCUCAGCUACAGUCCAGAGCUGUACCACAGCGGAGGCCCCGCCGGGGCCGACCACCUCACUCUGGCACUGACCCUGCCUCGCUCCACCAGCGACGCCGACCUCCUGACCUCCGACUGCCGCUCCAUGCUCACAGUCAGCACCUCCCACUACGCCGUCGGCCAAUCCCAGGACAUGGUGAUCUGUUGGGACAUCAAGGAGGAAGUGGAUGCAGGGGACUGGAUUGGGAUGUAUCUGAUUGAUGAGGUUCUGUCUGAGAACUUUCUAGACUACAAGAACCGGGGGGUAAACGGUUCUCACAAGGGCCAGAUUGUGUGGAAGAUUGACUCCAUUGCAUACUUUGCUGAAUCUGAGACCAAGAUCUGUUUUAAAUAUUACCACGGUGUCAGUGGAGUACUCAGAGCUACCACCCCAAGUGUCACCGUGAAGAGCACAUCGGCUCCUGUGUUGAAGCCAGUAGUCAGUCAGGAGGUCACCCAGGGCCCUACAAACAGAAGACUUGUCAGUUUCUCCCUCUCCGACUUCCAGGCGGUGGGUCUGAAGAAGGGCAUGUUCUUCAACCCAGACCCCUACCUGAAGAUCUCCAUCCGGCCAGGCAAACACAGCACCUUCCCCGGCCUCCCCCACCACGGCCAGGAGAAACGCUCGGGCAUCGCGUGCAACACCGUCAACCCUGUCUGGCAGAGAGAGCGGUUCAACUUUGUGUCACUUCCCACGGAUGUCCUGGAGAUCGAGGUGAAGGACAAGUUUGCCAAGAGCAGGCCCAUCAUCAAGCGCUUCCUGGGCAAGCUGUCCGUCCCUGUCCAGAGGCUGCUGGAGAAACACGCCAUUGGGGACCGCGUGGUGAGUUACUCCCUGGGUCGCAGGCUGCCUACAGACCACGUCAGCGGCCAGCUGCAGUUCCGCUUUGAGCCGACCUCCACCAUCCACCCAGAUGACGAGGACCUCUCCCUGGUCAUGGAGCCAGCGGUCCCCAUGGUUCCAGAUGACCCUCUAGAGGAGGAGAACCAAGACCCAGCCCUCCCUGACGACCUGCCCGACGACGACACCCUGAGCCUGGGCCCGGACAUGCCGGACCUGCCCCUGGAUGAAGCCCCGGACCUGGAGCCCUACUGCGUGGUGGCUCCGGCCUCCCCCGUAGAGGAGGCCCAGCCUGGGGAGGUGGGUGAGGAGGAGUCCCCCGAGGAGCAGGGGACCGUGGAGGAGGAGAGCACCAUCCGAGAGGUGGAGGCCCAGGCGGAACAAGGUACGGCUGGAGGAGAGACGGAGGAGGAAGAAGGAGGAGAAGUGGGGGCAGAAGGGAACGCGGAGGCUGGAGGAGAAGAGGAGGAUGUGGUGGUUGAAGAGGAGGAGAUCCAGCCAAAGGUGAUGCCCGUGGAGGGGGAAGCGGAGGUGGAAGUGGACAGCGAUGUGACGACGCUGGCCGAGGCUCCACUAGAGGGAGCUAGCGGGCUCCAGCAGGAGGAGGAGGCGCAGGGGGAGGCGCAGAAGCAGGCGCCAGAGGUCGGAGGAGGAGGAGAAGAAGAGGAGGAGGGCGGAGAAGGCGAGUCAGAGGCCCGGGGAGGGGCCGGGUGUGACUGCGCCUCCCGCUGCUCCGCCCCCUCCCCUUCCCCCUCCAUGCGCAGCACCCUGCGCCGGAAGAACCGUCCGUGCUCGCUGCCCGUGUCCGAGCUGGAGACGGGGUUGGCCUCGGCGUGCGGCGACCCGGAGACGCCGCGCACGCACUACAUCCGCAUCCACCACCUCCUCCACAGCCUGCCCUCGGCACGCCAGCGGCGCGCCAGCCAGGACGAGGAGGAGGAGGAGGAGGAGGAGCCGGGCGAGGAGGAAGAGGGCUCCCCCCCGCCCCCCGACACGGCCACCCUCAAGACGACCAAAGACGGAGAGGAAGAGGAGGACGAGGAGGAAGAUACCGCCCAGUCCCCUUCUCAGGUGCGGGCGUGCCCGGGCCCCUGCUGCAGAAGGGCCCUCCCCCGGAGCCUGUCCAUCGAGCGUCUGUCCGAGCUCAACCAGCUACUGGAGGGCGAGGGCGUCCGGGGGCCUCGGCCCGCCUGCCCCGAGGGCGGGGAGAGGGCCGGGCGAGGAGGCCAGCCGGGCAGCGCCUCCAGGCCGCCGGGGGAGAGCGAGUGCGAGCUGUGCGACAACUCGUGCUACAGCACGUCCUGCUACAGCACCUCCUGCUACAGCACGUCCUGCUACAGCAACUCGGGCUACGAGGGCCGCAACCGCUUCUGCAGCCACACACGCCUCUCGUCGGUGGACAGCACGCGCCUCUCGGAGAGCACCGUGUUCUCGUCGCAGGAGGAGGAGGACGAGGAGGAGAACAGCGCCUUCGAGUCGGUGUCCGACUCGGUGCAGAGCCCCGAGGGCAGGGAGGCGGGGGGAGAGAGGGGAGAGGGCUGGGCGGAGGAGGGGAGCACAGAGAGCGGGGAGCCCGUGGCAGGCCCCAGCGACAGGAACGGAACAGGCCCCUAUUCCGCGUCACCAUGCUGUUACCCUCCAGUCAUCCAUGCUCCAGCCAUGAGACCCGACCCCUACCAUUACCCCACUGUGGAUGAGCCCUUGCCUCCAAACUGGGAGGCGCGCAUCGACAGCCACGGGCGAGUCUUCUACGUGGACCACGUCAACCGCACCACCUCCUGGCAGAGACCCAGCCACGCCCCCAAAUGCUCUGGCCUCCAUCGCUCCAACUCCACCCAACAGAUGGAACAGCUCAACCGCAGGUACCAGAACAUUCAGAGGACAAUGGCGACCGAGGAGGAUUGUGGGAGUCGUAGGCUGGAGAGGAGUGGCAGUACAGAAACCGAGGCGGACUCGCCUCCCCUGGCCAUCGAGCCCAGGAGAGAGGGCCCGUCCUCCCCUGUCAGCAACCAGAAGAUCACCCUGCUCCUGCAGUCUCCGGCCGUCAAGUUCAUCACACACCCAGAGUUCUUCACCGUCCUGCACGCCAACUAUGGAGCCUACAGGAUAUUCACCAACAGCACCUGUCUGAAGCACAUGAUCCUGAAGGUGCGCCGUGAUGCCCGGAACUUUGAGCGCUACCAGCACAACCGCGACCUUGUGGUCUUCCUCAACAAGUUUGCCGACACACAGCUGGAGCUGCCCAGAGGCUGGGAGAUCAAGACUGACCCGCAGGGGAAGUCGUUUUUUGUGGACCACAACAGCCGCGCGACCACCUUCAUCGACCCGCGCAUCCCCCUGCAGAACGGCCGCCUGCCCAACCACCUGACCCACAGACAGCACCUGCAGAGGCUCCGCAGCUACAGCGCCGGAGAGGCAUCGGAAGUGUCCAGGAGUCGAGGGGCUGCUCUGUUGGCCAGGCCAGGAAACAGCCUGGUAGCAGCUAUACGCAGCCAGUACCACCCUGACUCUGUAACCCUAGGGACACCAUCGUACAACGACAAGAUCGUGGCGUUCCUCCGCCAGCCCAAUGUCUUCGAGCAGCUCCAGGAAAAACAGCCGGGCCUCGUCAGGAACCACGUGCUGAGGGAGAAGAUUCACUACAUUCGAACUGAGGGCUCUCAGGGGGUGGAGAAGCUGUCAUGUGAUGCAGACCUGGUCAUCCUUCUGAGCCUGUUUGAGGAGGAGAUCAUGUCCUACGUCCCGCCCCAGUCUUUCCAUCCUGGGUACAGCUUCUCCCCCCGCUGCUCCCCCGCCUCCUCGCCUCAGAACUCUCCAGGCUUACAGAGGGCCAGAGCUCCCGCCCCGUACCGCAGAGACUUUGAAGCCAAACUGCGUAACUUCUACAGGAAGCUGGAAGCCAAGGGUUACGGCCAGGGCCCGGGAAAGAUCAAGCUGAUUGUGAGGAGGGACCACCUGCUGGAGGGCACCUUCAACCAGGUGAUGGCCUACUCCCGCAAGGAGCUGCAGAGGAACAAGCUCUACGUCACCUUCCUGGGAGAGGAGGGACUGGACUACAGUGGUCCUUCUAGAGAGUUCUUCUUCCUGCUCUCCCAGGAGCUCUUCAACCCUUACUAUGGCCUGUUUGAGUACUCGGCCAAUGACACCUACACCGUCCAGAUCAGCCCUAUGUCGGCCUUCGUGGAGAACCAUCUGGAAUGGUUCCGGUUCAGCGGUCGUAUCCUGGGCCUGGCUCUGAUCCAUCAGUACCUUUUGGACGCCUUCUUCACAAGGCCCUUCUACAAGGGCCUGCUCAGACUGGCGACGGAUCUCAGUGAUCUUGAGUACCUGGACGAGGAGUUCCACCAGAGCCUGCAGUGGAUGAAGGACAACGACAUCACAGACAUCUUGGACCUCACCUUCACCGUCAACGAGGAGGUGUUUGGACAGGUGACGGAGCGCGAGCUGAAGUCGGGCGGCUCCAACCUGCAGGUGACGGAGAAGAACAAGAAGGAGUACAUCGAGCGCAUGGCCAAGUGGAGGGUGGAGAGAGGGGUGGUGCAGCAGACCGAGGCUCUGGUCAGGGGCUUCUACGAGGUGGUAGACUCCAGGCUGGUGUCUGUGUUUGACGCCAGGGAGUUGGAGCUGGUCAUCGCUGGCACGGCGGAGAUCGACGUCAGUGACUGGAGAACCAACACAGAGUACAGGGGAGGUUACCACGACGGCCACAUCGUCAUCAGGUGGUUCUGGGGCGCCGUGGAGCGCUUCAACAACGAGCAGAGGCUCCGCCUCCUCCAGUUUGUCACGGGGACUUCCAGCGUCCCCUACGAGGGCUUCGCCGCCCUGCGGGGCAGCAACGGCCUGCGGAGGUUCUGCAUCGAGAAGUGGGGGAAGGUCACCUCCCUGCCCAGGGCUCACACCUGUUUUAACCGCCUGGACCUCCCUCCGUACCCUUCCUACACCAUGCUGUACGAGAAGCUGCUGGUCGCUGUGGAGGAGACCAGCACCUUCGGCCUGGAAUGAGGAGGAGAGGAUCGAAUCAAACGCACAUCCCUUUUCCACAAUGUGCUGGGCCAAAAACCUGUGAUUAAGUCAAAUAAGGGGGCCACGUUCAAAUGCUCCAACACUCAUACGUGUAUUGGCUUGCAGUAUUUCAACAUGCCAGAGAGACAGAGAAACUAAAGGACAACGGCUCUGACAUAGACGGUGAUUCCAUUCAAGCGAAUCUGUCCACAGUAAGUCAAUACAGGGUUUGUAUUGGAGUGUUUGGAUGUGUGGGUCCCACUGUAUUUUAGCCUUGAGGGAGGCGAAAGACUGACCAAGCACCUGGGACUAUCAUUAUACUGAGACAACUGUUAUUUUGUAAAAGUCCAGUAAUAUGGCACCUGGUAUCAACUACUGUCGUUUUAUAAACAAUAAUCUACAUACACGAGGACCCAGGUUCGAAUAAGGAUCAAACUAAUUAAAACUUGCAUGCACUGAACUGCAUCUCUCAUCAAGAACUAUGUACGGUACCCCAGGCUCUGGGCUUGGACCAAACCAAACAUGUAUGCAAUACUCACAAACCCACUCCAGCCUGCUCUACAAACCCACCUAUACCUGCUAUCCGCAGCGAUCCAUUCGACCCAUAAUGCACCACAGUGUUUUCAUGGAGGGAUGCUGAUGCUACGGGGAGGGCUGGGCUUGUUGAACCCACAGAAUUCCAGUUCCCUGUGACAUCAUCACAGAUGUAAGACUCGUGGUAAACCCACUCAAACCUCUCCAAGAACAAAUCAUCUUCCUGUCAAUCAAUCGGUCAUUUGAGGCUCAUCUCAACAACACUAUCAACAUUACUUCAACUCCUGAGGAGAAUUCAGUGACUACAAACCAAAUUAAUUCAUCAAUUUACCUAUGGAAUUUAUUAUGAUGAGGUCAUCACUGUUUUACCUUUGGACCAAGGUAUUGAAUGUCUCUCCUGCUACGCAAAGAGUGAGUGGACUCAACUGGAACCUGCAUCUCCAGCCAUGGAAAGACUCAGUGCCUUGGUUCCUAUUUGCCUCUAACACCUCGUCUUGUGUGUUCAGCUGCUCUGAGAUCCUCCUGGAGCUCAGAGAGGCUUUAGAUGACAACCUAGUCGUGUCAUGAGACAGGUGACCUUCAAGGUGAGUGUUGAUUUGCGUGUUGUAACUGGCUGCAUGGCUAAUGCUGUAUCAUGGUUAGGUCCAGCACCACUGUGCACACAGAGCUAGUACGGCAUAGGUGACCCAGCAGGUGAUGAUGUCACUGGACGGCUAAGAUUAGACUAGGCUAAGCUCCCUGAGAUAGCUCUCUCUUACUCGCUCUCUCUUUUACACUGUUUCUAUAUCUCUCUCUUUCUCUCUCUCUCUCCCUCUCGCUGGCAGGAUACUUGCAAAGUCAUGGUGCUCAGACACACACCACAAAUAAUACUGCUGAUGUCACUCCUGACAUUGAAGGUCUGCUACUUUGACUCUCUGGGCAGCAGUUGGUCGAGUCCAGUAUGCAGUGAUGCCCUGCUGUUUGGUUUUACUUUGUCUUUUUUACUGUCAAAUGUGAAACUUUUAAUUAACAAUUUUACUUGAACAUUUGUAUUUUGUAACUUGACUUGUUUGGAACUUUGAUUAAGUUAAGGGUGUCAUGGUAUUUUUGUCUCUGGUUGUUUCUGAAUCACUGUGUUUAUGAUGCCACAGUAUGUUGCUAUCUGUAAACGUAUUGCCUUUGACAUCAUGAAGGAAGAUUCUUGAUAUAGUGGAGGUACCAUUGCGAAGAGACAGUGUCAGAUAGUCAUGUGAUGAUAUCUACAUGAUGAUCAGGUUUCUUUGGUCUUUGUUGGGUAUGUUGGGAAAUCAUGUGGGUAAUAAUAAUUUUGUCUUCCUUCUUACACUGUAAAGCUGAAUUCCUCCAAGGUGACCCCACACUUUUACCCCCCUCCUUCUCUUCCUGUCCUUCUGCCAUACUCUGCUGGUGGGGAUCUCCGGUCUUUCUCCCGUGUUCUUGUGUUCUUCCUCCCUGCCUUAGUUUAUUGACGGUACAAGAGUCCCAUUUCUAAAAGAAGGAGGCAAGGAGGGAGGAUACAAUGAUGCGAAGAAAGACCGUUGAGAUCCAGCCCCUUGUGUUGAGAAAAAAAUAUUGUGGUUGUACCUUGGACUUGCAUCCGUAAUCAAAUGUGUCACUUUUAAAAAGGAAGUGGUUUUGUGGGAUUUGUCUUGUGUGUAAAAAAGAAAAAGAAGAAAGAAAGAAAGCCAUUCUAAUAUUUUUACUGUCGUUAUAAAGAAUUUUAUCUAUAGAAUAUUCUGGGCAUGUUUUGGAAAUAUUGAUCCAAAUUAUGAUAAUUAUAUUUAAAAGAAAAACAAUGGCCAAGAUUACCUUCACUAACUCUUGAAUAUUUAAAUGAUUCAAUGAACCAAUUGUGCAUUGGUUACAGUUGAAGACAAAUCUUUAAAUUCAUGCUUUGCAGAAAUAAUGUACCAAAUUAUACAUGGAAAGUCAUUAUAGUAUCAAUCUGUGCCCUGGUUAUGUAUUUCGUUUCACUGCUGGAUUCAUGUGUGCAUUUCUUUUCCCCUCCCUUUGUAAACAAUGUUUCUUUCAACAUAAGAAACAAAGGAGCACAGAUGGAAAGGUAAAGUAGUUUAUAUACUAUUUAUACAGAAAACCAAGAUGCAUUGAAGGCAUUUCAGGGCAAGAAUGUAAGUUAUUUUCCCCCUACAGUUCCACAUUGAAAUUGUGAUAAAUGUUGUGGAAAAACUCUUGCCAGAAAUGUUUAGAUAAACAGUACUGUAUGCUGGAAAAAAAUACAUUAUUGUAUUCAACGUAAUCUGUUUUGGUUUGAUAACGGGUCACUUUAUUCUCAGGAUGUGCU